AACUUCGUAAGAAGCAUCGAUUGGAACUGGAAAAGUUAACAUUGACAACGCAGCCGUUUAGGACAUUAAAGUUUUUCCUUUUUGCGACUGUGCAAAAUCUGAAAAACUUACUUCUAUAUAUUCUGAGGAAAGGUGGUUGGUAUAAGGUCUUGAGCAUCCUGGUAGUGGCUUUUGGUCUUCUGCUCAUGGCUGUUGAUAUCUCUCAUGAAAAGCAUGUCCAGGAGUUUCUUUGCUAUGCCAGAUUUGGUUUGUGGUGGGUAGCACUAGGUGUGGCAUCAUCCAUUGGACUAGGAUCCGGUUUACACACGUUUGUGCUGUACUUAGGCCCCCAUAUUGCCUUAUUCACGAUCAAAGCCAUGCAAUGUGGUAGAGUUGAUCUGAAAACUGCUCCAUAUGAUACCAUACAGCUGAAAAAAGAACCCUCAUGGCUUGAAAAGGAUUGUUUAGAAUUUGGGCCUCCACUUUAUCCAUCAUCACCUAGUUCUCUAGUUAGGGUUUCAGUGAGUAGAAUACUUCCUCAGGUUCAACUAGAAGUUGUUCUUUGGGGCAUAGGUACUGCACUUGGGGAGCUUCCUCCUUACUUUAUCUCAAGAGCAGCACAUUUGUCAGGAAGUAGAUUGGAAGCCAUAGAGGAACUGGAUUCUGCUUCGUCAAAUGAAGAUGGAUUUAUAUCUGCAUCUCUAAAGAAAAUUAAAUGCUGGCUUGUUUCUCGCUCCCAAAAUCUUAACUUUUUGACAAUUUUAGUACUUGCUUCGGUGCCAAAUCCACUUUUUGAUCUUGCUGGUAUCAUGUGUGGACAAUUUGGAAUCUCAUUCUGGAAGUUCUUUCUUGCAACUCUGACUGGAAAGGCAAUCAUUAAGGCUUACAUACAGACAGUUUUUAUCAUCUCUAUAUGCAAUAACCAACUUUUAGAACUGGUGGAGGACAAGUUGAUUUGUGUUUUCGGUCCUACAGUCUCUGUUAUACUGCCUGACAUUAUUGCCAAGUUGCACAUGGUGAAGGAUAAAUACUUAGCCGGCCCAGCUCCAACUCCAGACCCCUCAGCUCCAAAGGGAAAGCAGUGGAAUCUGACUUUUACGACGAUCUGGAAUACUUUCAUAUGGCUUAUGCUACUGAACUUCACUGUUAAGAUAGUGCAAUCUACUGCUCAGAAACAGCUGAAGAGACAACAAGACUCAGAGUUGACUGACAAGUUAUCUCGGUCAAGAGAAUCCAGUGCUGAUUAAAAUUGUAUAUCCUGGCAUCAGAUUUGUGACUGCUGUUUUCUUCCAAACUGGUCAGCUACAAUGGAGGUGACCUGACAGUUGUGUGCACAGAGAACAAGGAUGGGAAUAUUUAAAUUCAUUGAGGCAGUUUUAGUUUGCCUUUUUGGGGAGGGAAAUUUUAUUGUGCAUUGCACUGGCACCCUUUAUCAAUUGUUCAAACAGAAUUAUUUUCCUACUCAAAAUUCCACAGAAGUUAUUUUCGUGUGCACAAUGCUCGUUGCCCAUGUUAUACUUAAUUUUUAUGAGAAA